AGAAGCUUACGGGUUAUCGGGAGAUCUGCAAAAUGUGUGCUUUUUUGCUGGAUUCAUGUUGCGUAGUUUAGGGAUUUAGGGUUUGCACUUUUCUGAUGCUGAAAGAUGUGAGCUGGUGAGGGAUUGCCUUUUUUAUUAAGAUCUGUGCGUUGGAUGGGCUGCUUUACAGUUUUGAGAGGCAAGAAGAAGGUAAGUGCGCAUUCUCUGAGCAGGAAGCUAGUUUCUGUAAACGAGAACAUUAGCACCGCCCUUCCUGAACCAGAAGUUCGUGGGCCGUCUCUCCAAUCUGCACCUCCAAGUUUUAGGAGUCGAAACAAAAAAGUUCAACAACCCAACCGAACAAUCAAUAGCAGAGCCCGGGCACUAUCUGCUCCUUCAAGCUUAAUUGUGAUCGAUCAAGAUGUUUAUUCAUCUAUUGAAUUGGAUGACCAAGAAGAAUCUAAGGCCCGAGGUGAACCGUCAAAAGAGCAGCGAUUCUCAAAUCCUGUUCCUCUCCCAUUGCCAUCUCCGCGGGCCAAAUCUGUACUGAAGAAUAUAGGAAGCUUUAAAUCUACUGCUAGUGGCCACCAUGUCCUAAAUCCUGGUCCCCUGCCUCUGCCUCCAUUAGCCGGAGGAGGCCUUCGGAACUUUACCUAUGAAGAGAUUGCUGCUGCAUGCCAACAUUUCUCAACUGAUAGGUGUGUUUCUGAAGGUAUCUCAUCUACUUUGUACAAGGCAACAUUUGGCGAUGAUUCAAUUGGAUCAAAGAAGCUUGAAGCCACGGUCACUCGCUUGCUUCCCUCCUCGCAGGUAAUACUUACAUAUGUAUCAUUACAUGAUAUGCCAAAAAGGUUUUCUUAGGCUGUUGUAUUUUUU